AAACAAACUAAUUCAGAAAUUGAAAUUGAAUAAAAGAUGAAAAAAUGAAAAACAAAACCUGAGAUUUCAAGUGGACGGUGACGGAAGAUGGGUAGACGACCGGCGGUUGAUGGUGGCGGACGGAGAAGAUGAUCGGACAGCGACCGGCGGAUGAUGGUGGCGGAAGGCGUCGCGGAGGAGACGAAACUACACAACAACUCUUUGUGGUUUCUUGUUCAUGGAGAAAUUGAUCAUCGCCAUAAGCACCAUGCCAGCCGUAUAAAGAGCAAAACGCUAGCGCCUCUAUCGCCAGAAACUGUUAUUGCAGCCAGCCCGCGGGUGUACCACGUGGCCUCAUACGGCGGUGCGGACCCCACCGGCGUUAAUGACAGCACGGAUGCUAUUAGGAGAGCAAUCGGAGAAGCGCUUCAAGCUCGGAGGGGAGAGUUCUUGUACACCGGAAUUCAAAAUCUCGGCGGCGUCAGGGUGGAUCUUGACGGUGGGGUUUAUGCCGUCUCACAGCCUCUGCAGCUCCCGCCGGGGACCGGAAAUUUUGUGAUUCAUGGAGGAACACUAAAGGCGUCGGAUGAUUUCCCGACAGGCGAGAGCUAUCUGAUCGACUUAAGCGCUGGCAAUGGAAGCUUAGAGUACAAUUUCGAGUUCGUCACUUUCAGGGACCUAUUUCUGAAUUCCAACCUCCGGGGAGGGGGAAUUCGUGUGGUCAACUCCCUGAGGAUCUCCGUUGACAAUUGCUACAUUACAGGUUUCACCUCGGAGGGGAUUUCCGUCGCCGGCGGUCACGAAACCUACAUCAGGAAUUCAUUCCUCGGUCAACACAUCACCGCCGGCCACGACCCCGGUGAAUCGCACUUCGGUGGGACGGCGAUCAGUCUGAGCGGCAACGACAACGCCGUGACGGACGUCGUGAUUUUCUCGGCCGCAAUCGGAAUCCUGAUUUCCGGCCAAGCCAACAUAUUGACCGGUGUUCAUUGUUACAAUAAGGCCACCGGAUUCGGCGGCACGGGGGUUUACCUAAAAACCCCUGGGUUGACGCAGACGAGGAUUGUGAAUUCCUACUUCGAUUACACCGGUAUUGUGGCCGAGGACCCCGUCCAGCUUCAAAUCUCCAACUGCUUCUUUCUCGGAGAUGCAUUCAUUCUAUUCAAGUCAGUCAAUGGUGUCAUCAAUGGUGUCAACGUGGCCGACAACAUGUUCAGCGGAAGCUCACAAGGCGACAUUGUUCGAUUGGACGAGAGCAAGGGGUCAUUCAAGCACAUUGAUCAAGUAACCAUUGAUAGGAACAACGCCCGGGGAAUGAACAUCAAAUCCACAAUUGCUAGGGCUAAAUCGAAUAAUGUUACUUCAAGCACAUCGUGGAAAGUAGAUCUCAAUCACAUUCUUCUCUUCCCUAACAGGACCACGUACGUGGAAUACACGUUCGUUCCCUCCGGAGACUUCUUCCCUAAGCACGCAUUGAAAAGCGUUUCAAACAAUCUUGUUGUGGUUGAGUCGGAUGUGGAAGUUGUGGCGACCGUUUUCGUCAUGGCUCAGCAAGGAAACUCACAUUAAAGAUGAGAACAAUGCCAAGUUGUGCUUAGUAAAGGUAUGCUCAUGCUCUCAUUUUGUUUUCUUCUUUCUCAAGGAAAUCAUUCCAAUAUGAAAGCAUGUUGGUUUUAGGUCUUGGUUGAGUAUGAGAUACACAUGCCAAGUGUUGCUCAGUGAUAAAUGAUGUCAAUGUUG